ACGAUCCUAAAUUCAAAGAUGGCGGAAGAAAUUGUUGUCUGUUUCUAGGACGAUCGAGAAUAAGAAAAAUUGAAAAUUGCCAUCUAAGGAACAAAAUGCCACCGAAAAGACCAUCUUCAGCUCGAAGGAACAUCAAGCAUGUCACCUUUUCACCAUUUGUUAGCUGUGCCAGGCUCCGUCAUGUCCAGUCCUUGUUGAGAAAUCCAGGAGAGGUAGACUCGAGCAAACCAGAUGCUAUCCUCUGUAUCUUAGGAAUUGAUAGCAGGUACAAUGAAGGAAGCAGAGAGCUUAGCAACUACCUUCUGUUUGGAUUCUUUGACACAAGACAGGCAGAACUUGAAAGUUCUGGUUUCGCAGAGGAAACAAUUGAUGAUCUGAUGUUUGUGAUCAAGAAGAACAGUGUUCACAUUUACUGCAAUCCAACCAACUACUAUUACAUCCUGCCUUAUGUAGCACAUUGGCCUGGAUUAAGGUUUCAUCUUAUGACAGAAUCUGAGUAUGAUGAGGAAGAAGCCGCCGAGGAAUUCAAGAUUGUUAGUUUCUUGGAUAUGGUCAGAGGCUGUGCUCUUGUUGGUGUUCCUUACUUUGCUAAAGGUCACUGUCAGCCCUUCAACCCGAUGUUUGUGGAGAAAUGGCCUAUUGUACAAGCAUACGGAUUAGAAGGAUAUGCAACGGGAGGAUUCUUCACUAUGAUGCAUGAGGUUAUUGACAUUAGUAGUCCUCUUGCAUCUGUUUAUGACAUUGUUGACCCUGUUGCCUUGGAAACCAUCGUGACCAAUCAACUACCCCUCUUUGAGCGUCAGUGGUCAUCUUUGCUGACAAAUGUGGAUGUUUCCUAUAAAGCUAAAGCCUUUUCAACACUUCUCGAGGGGAUGGUAGGAGAGCCACUUAAGAGUUACUACAGCCAUGGGAAGGUGUCCAACUCAAGCAACAAUGAAGGGCAAUCUGGUAGGAAGCCGUACGUCCUGUUUGGUCAGAACUCAAUGAAAGCUCAUAUGAAAGUAACCCAAGAGGGUGGGUUUCUACCAGGUAAAACUCUUCACAUAUCGGGUGUAGGGGACACUCCAGCUAAACAUAUGAUUUGUCAGUUGGUUGCACCCAGAAGCCCUCUGUGCUGUGCUCGAACCUACUUCACAUCCAGCGGGCACGCCCCCUACCCCAUCACAGGGGGUUCUGCUCAGGCACCACGCCCACCAAAGACAGAUAUUGAACUUCUCGAGAGACUAUAUAAGGUCGUGAUUGGUUCUGUUUUGGCAUCAAUUAAUGAGUAUUGCAAGACAACUAGCUACUCAAAGGCUGAAGCAUGUUGUUUGUCCUCACUGAAGGAAGGAUUUACAGAGGAACACCUCAAACUAGGACCUGGCUUCCUCACAAACAAAGCCAACAUUGACUUUACCCUAGAAGCCCUCACCCAAGAAGGAAACACCAUAGAGCUCAGAGAUGACAAGGUUCCCCUCAUCAAACUGGUGUCAUUGGUGGUGUAUGAUAUUCCCAGUGUUGAGCACCCUAAUAACAGCCUAGGAUCUGUAGUGUUUGCUGAAAGCUUCUUGGACUCUGCCAUUCCAGUGCUACAGAAAGAUGGAAGCAUCGAAAUGAAUGCAGAGUGUCUAAUUCUGACGAGGCACCUCCCCCGCACUGUCACUUGGGCUGCGGACAUGAAGCCAUCUGACAUUGAGAAUAAUAUCAGUCUUUACACCAAGAAUCCUGAGAGUCCAUUCGGCAGUGUGCUAUUGCAUGGUGUGAACUGUACGAUGCUCGGCAGUGUGGAGCUAUCAGCACCCAGUGAUGGUGUGCUAUAUGUCUUUGAGAAAGGUAUCAUCUUCAGUCAUCCACGCAAUGGCCUGACAAUACUACCUAAGUCAUACUAUGAAGAACUCCACUUCUAUGAUGGGGGUUCAUCCAGUGUGUUAGCUUGUUUGAUGAUCACCUACAGACAUUCCUUACAGUACUAUCAACCAUUACAGAAUCACAAUGCCGGAGACAUGGUCAUGUUUGCCUUCCCACCAAAGACUAAUGCGUACAGAAUGCUCUAUAAAGAAGUGAUCGGAAGAUGGCAACAGGAAAAUCAAUCACCGGUCCUGAAGCAGUUAGAUGCCAUGCCUGAGUAUUAUACCAAUACAUACAAUGAAUUACAGCAUAACUUUGUGACAGAUGCGAGACUGCAGAAACAAGUACCAUCUCUGACCCAGGCCAGUGUCUACCUAUCCACUCUCAAUAGUUUUCUGACUCACCUGUCAGUAAGCAGUGUUGACCCUGACCCCGUCCAUGAGGCUGAUCUACCCUCCAUCCUCGACCCAACCACUGAACAGUCUCAGAAUAGCUCUGAUGCAGAUGAGGUUGUGAUCACAUUGUUGACUGGUAUUACAGGAAGCCACAAGGAGACCCUAUGUACAACCCUCACCAACCUAGCCAAAGAUUAUAACAGAUGGGCCGUUCUGAGAGCACCGUUUGGCGUCCCUCAUGCGUACAAGAAGGACCAGCUGGAGGCUUCAUUGACAAACAUCGUGACAGCAGCAAGGCGACAGAAGGCAUCUAUCAGGGCUUCCACAGGAGGGAGAAAGAAAAUGAGAGUGCUCAUCAUGACACCGGGGUUCACAGAUACAGUCUCAGUGGUGUCGGCCAUCUUGAAUCACCCCAACCCUGACAUUAGAGGAUCACUGAAGAUAGGGGCUGUAACAACCUGCAUUGAUCCACUCCAAGCCUUCAUGGAACACAGAAUGACGUUUCCUUUGUUGCUAGAUCAGUGUGCUCAAGGAUGGGUUAAUAACAUCCUCCUGACUAGCUGUACAGAGGGACCACACCCAGAGCUCAUGUUCAUUCAGGAACUAAUGCGCAAGGUCAAUUCAGAUGUGGCCUUCAUCCUUGCCAACUAUGGAGAAAUCUCAAGGAGCGGAGAUGCUGAGUUGAUUUUGUCUGAGACAGCUUUCAUGGAACCCAGUAAAGUCAGGGCAAGGCAUCUUCUCAUUCCACAAUGGUCAUCACCAGAGUUCAGAAGACAGUUGACCCCCAUCAUGACGGAGGUCAGCUUGAAGUUUAGCCAGCCACUGGACCGGUCAAGGCUCUUGACCAAGAUCAGAAGCCUGCGGUCAUCCCUCGUGUCCAGUCCGUUCAAGGGCAACAUCUACCACAUCGAAGCUAGGACAAGAUUCAAUGAAUCAAACCAGUUGAUGGAACUUACCUUCUCCACUCUGAGCGGCCAUCUGACCGAGUGCCCCGCCCCUGAGCUACCUGCUGCCAGACCCCCUAGCGGUACACCCAGGGCUCCCCUCCCACCGGGGGCAGCCACCAACGGUCCCCCCACCGAGGCUGGAGGGGAUAACAACGGUCAUGAGGGUCCCCAGCAUUGCUUCAUGUUCACUGGCUGUGGUUUGAAGGAGGAUGACCUCAAGGACUGGCUAAGGGCUUGUGCAACACCAAAACCAACUCCCAAAGCUUUGAAAACCAAAUCAUCUCUGAAUGCAGCGGAGAAGAAACAGAUACACGAGAAGCACCAUCUAGCCUCCCUGCCAGCUGGCUGGUUCUACAACGGUAGUCAAUAUGUCAGCAUGACUGGAGAGAAGACUAACACUCACCCAGAAAUGGACAAGUUCAUAUCAGAGUUUGUGGAGAAGAGCAACAUUGCAAUCAAGGAAUAUAAUGAUGGCAUAGCUGCUCAGGAAUACAGGGAUCUCUUCCAGUGAAUAACAGUGUAUGUCUUCAGGAACUUACCUCAUCAGUUAUCAAGGGGGUGUUUCACAAUGAUUCAAGUGUGACUUAGAGUCGGAUUUAAAUUCCCAGUUGCGUACGGCAUAGAAGACAUCACCACAGUUGUCAGAUGAUGCACAAGGGACAUGCAAUGCCGCGUAUCCUUCAAUCAGAAUACGAGUUGCAUAUCAUGUGCACGUCAGCAUUUAAAUGCGACUUAAGUCAUACUUAAAUCUUUGUGAAACAGCCCCCCCCCCCCGGCCUAAUUAAGAAAAAAAAUACUAAAAAAUAUUGAAGGUGCGAUGAAAAUUCAUAAAGAUUAAGACAGUUACUGGAAUUUCAAGUUUUUGAUUUGUGACGUCAUA